AUGGCGGGGCAAGAUUCUUUGGACGACGCUCCAUCACCAACCCACCCUGAUAUACUACUCAACAGACCGGGAACAGGAACAGAAAAUUACCUCGAUCAUUCUGCAUCCAACCUCUCACUACCACAUCGCCCCGAGUCUGGAAAUCGCAGACUCCUCCUCAUUUACAUUCAUGGAUUCAAUGGCUCCGAAGCCAGUUUCCACGCUUUCCCCGCACAUGUGCAUAGCCUGUUGACGGAUGCGCUGGCCGCGUCUCAUGAGGUGUACACCCGGAUUUAUCCUCGAUAUAAGUCUCGAGGCGAUAUGAAAAUUGCUCGGGACCAGUUCAGUAGCUGGCUGUCGCCUCAUGAAGCGGAUGACCUGGAUAUCAUUCUACUGGGACAUAGCCUGGGGGGUAUCUUAGCAGCGGAUGUUGCUCUUCUGCCAUCCUCUCCUAUAUAUUCACAUCAGCAUCGGAAACACAACAUCUUAGGUCUGAUCAAUUUCGACGUCCCUUUUCUUGGUCUACAUCCCGGAAUAAUCCAGACAUCAUGCAAGAGCCUUUUCCAACGAGAUCGGCCAGCUGAGAACGAGACCGAGACAGUUCCGGAAACGCAAAUCACGACUGAAGCCAUCACCGCAGCAUUUUCUCCUUCUCACUAUGACCCCCCGUUCUUCAACGAUAUACGCUUCGCUGAACGAAGUGGCAUGCAAGGGCUCAUGCAUUUUCUUGAGAAGAACUACAAUCGUCUCACAAAAUCCAUACUUACCCGCAUUGUUUCACCGUAUGAAUUCGCCGGUUGUUUGAAUAAUUACCCAGAGCUUCGCCGACGGUAUAAACAGCUAAUGGAGCUGGAAGCAGCUCACGACCAACCAUUCAGGAUUCGGUUCGUGAAUUAUUACACGGCAAGUGAGCCUCCUGUGCCAUUGAAGGAUAAGAAUAACGCUGGAGAAAGCGAAAACUCGCGGCAUGCGAGUAUGGAACAUUCAUCGUUGCCAGUCGAUGCAGAGGAACCUCCGUGUAAACAGUCGGAGACCGAGACCGAGAACGAGACUGAGUCCUGUUCACUUAAACCAACCAAAUCGGAAUCAGGAGUACAGCAUAAACCAGAAUCAGACCAAGCGGAUUGCACCUGCGCUUCCGAAACGGCUGACUGCACAUCAAAACAACAUAAAAAGAAGAAACGUCGGAAGUUUGUCCUAUUACCAUCACAUCACUGGAGCCAUGGUGAUGAUUCUCUCUGGAUACCGGUAAAUAUGGACAAUAUGAAUGAGAUAACUGCGCAUCAGUCGCUAUUCUUGCCCCAUGGAAGAAACUAUGACCAGCUGGUCGGGGACACUAUGGCGACGAUCGAGCAGUGGAUACAAGUUGAUCUUACUCAACGAAUGCUUGCGCAAGAGGAACAAGAGGGGAAGUGA